CUGGCCAAAGACACUGACAUGGCGGAAGAGACGAACCACACCUCGGAGCCCCAGGAGGCACAGACCAACAGACAACCACACAGGCCAACAGACUCCCCCAGCCUGGGGAACAUGGUACGCGCAGAGCUGGAAUGGGACGUGCCCAUGAGUGUCCCUUUGCCCAUCGAGGUCAUCAGUGCUGACCAGCCUUUCCCGUUCCUGGACACCACCCUGGCAGACCUGGGCAUCGAAGAGUGAGUCCGCAAGUGGCAGGUUUGAGUGUGUGUGCCGUUGACAUCUCUACAUGACCAGUGAGAUGAUCCGUGUGUACUCAAGUGUUGCAAGACAUUUGACACCACAUAAUAAUACACAAUAUGCUGUACACAUGGAGUAUGUUGAGAUGGUGUUGGAUGUUUUCUUUUUCUUUACAUCGUUUUUCUCAGAUGUGUAUCGAUGUUGAUCGGUCUGGGGGAAGCCAGGUUCUGGUCUGAAUUGUGAAUUGUGUGCUCAGAUCCGCAGUGAAGGAACGGGUGGUGUGGGUGGACACCAAGCGGACGCAGGUGAAGAGCAAGUCAGGCAAACUGAAGGAGAAGGAGAUCACCAUCCUGGAGGUACGGGUCAAGGCCCAGAUCCCCGGAGACAACAAGACCCAGGAGGUCCUCUACAGCACCGAGUCCCACACAGACCGCUCCUUCUGCCGGACCGGAGUGGACAUCCUGCCCUGGAAGAGUCACACACAGACAGGUCUGGGACACACUCUCGUCAACAGCUAUACAGUUGGAUAGGUGUGAGUAAAAUGAUGAUAGGUCUAUGUAGUCUUCCUGGAGCUUUUGCCGUAUUGCUUUCCACCGAUCCAGUUCCUUCCGAUGUGUAAUCACAGACGGAAUAGGGAAUAUGGCAUGAGGUAAGGAGUUGGUUUGGAACCAGGCAUAGCCCUAGCCUGGUCACCAGUAUGUUUAACUACAUUCCACUCCUUGUACUCCGUGUUUGACACAUGACAUGGUGUAAUGUUAGAUAAACAGACAGACAACCAGGCUAGCAUAGGCUUAGGCUUUGUUGUCAAACUAAAAGGCACCCAUGUUCUCAAUAUGAAUGUCUCAAUUUAUCAAUGCCAAUGCCACCCAUCCCCUUGGCCUGGUCACGGACAUGACAAAUGUUCAGCUGCCGAGUUCUCAAGGUGCUGUGGAUUUAGACAUGCACCAGCCGGCAAUUCCUGUGACAAGAAUCGAAGAUGAGAUCAUGCUGCAUGCCUUUGCAUCAUUAAUAAUCCACCCAGAUAUCUCACACUUUGACCCUGCCCCUCUGGUCUACAUAGCUUCAGAAUGGUGUUCUCUCAGUGGGCAUUUGUGGUACUUGGCCCACUCAGCAUAGACUUUACAUAGUCGACUGUGGUUUCCUAUUUGAUAUGACCUCAUACUUAACCCUAGUACCACAUUCCUGAGAUGGCAAAGCAAAUUCCUCAAGCUGACACUCAUUAUCAUUCUGCUCAUAGAAAUGUUUUGAUGUAUUGGCAUGCCUGUAUUGAAGUAUUUUGUGCUUGUUUCAGAGGAGAAGGGCUUCCAGCCAGUGGAGAUGACCAUGGCCUUGGACAUCGAGUCACAGCCCAAAGAGGAGAUUCGAGAGGUGUGA